CAGUACAUCCAACACAUCCAAUACAUCCAAUACAUCCAAUACAUCCAACCAUCCAAUAUACAAACAGUGCUGUCCCACAACGGUCGCUGAUGCUGAUCGCCGGAUAGAAACCGAUUGCCAGACCGAAACAUCGGACCUCUCGACAACAGCAAACUCAACAUUCAAAAUCAUCCCUCGUUCUGCAACCACAAUGGUGGAAGAGUGGACACGAUCCAGACCGCCCCGCCACACGAUUGCGCUCUUUGCUCUGCGUCUUCUCCCACUCGGUCGUUGUUGGCCGAGUGGAUGAAUGAUCCGACUUUGGAGUGGUUUUGUCAGUGGGAGCUGUUGGGCUCAGUUGUCUCUUCAGCGUGCCGGAUUAUGGCAAAGCGCACAUACAUCAUUCACAAGAAAGCGCAUCACAGCCGCGAUUUCCGCACUGCUGCCAACUUCAAAUCUCGAUAGCACAUCGUCUUGGGAUAUGUGUCGAGAGUGGCCAAGAAGCAGAGGCCCACUGGAUUCCAUUUUUAUCACAGGUUUGGGCCUCAAGGAAGGUCAAUCUCGCCCUCGUCUCUCUGCCGCGCACUCAUCCUCGCCCAGACAGUUGGCACCACUAUCCAAGGAUGGAAGUCGGGUCUUGCGGUGCUCGACCUCCCUCAUGUUGGUGACAUGAUGAAAGCCGUCCAUUCCACAAAGACCCCAACAUGCCGAGGGUGCGAAUAUGUCGGUAUCUAAUACCCUGGAC